UAUCGUCUUUCGUAAAUUGAAUAUUACAGUACUGUCGGUAGUCGCACCGCUGUCAGUCACGCAUCAGAAUAUGGUCAGUGUAGUUCGAGUACCAUAAUACAGCGCGCUCGAUGAACUAUUAACUUUAUUUUAACUAACGACUCGUCUAUUAAAUGUUAUAAUUGUUUGGAAAGUUUCUUUGACACACAUUGCGAAUAAAAAUGUUGCAAUUACGUCGGUGAUAUAUGCGUAUUAAAUAAUAGUGCAUUAAAUCAAAAAUCUUGUUCGAAAUCUGUGAUAUAUAUUUUAUUUGAAUUUUUGUUGUUUUUUUUUGUGUUAGCACGGGCUGUGUAUAUUGUGUUUUUUUAUAAAACUUCUACUAGACAUAAUCAUAAUUAAAAUGAAUAAAAAAGAAGAAAUGGAGAAAAUUCCUUACCCGAAAUCAGUAUUCUUUAUAGUCAGUAAUGAAUUUUGCGAACGAUUCAGCUACUAUGGCAUGCGAACUAUCCUCAUCCUGUAUCUCACGAAUAUACUACUGUUUAGUGAAUCACAAUCCUUAGUAACUUACCAUUCGUUCUCCAUGGCUGUAUAUUUUUUUCCAAUCAUUGGUGCCAUAAUUUCAGACAGUUUUUUAGGAAAAUUCAAUACAAUCCUCUAUGUUUCGAUGAUAUAUGCUAGUGGAAGUAUAUUACUUGCACUAACAGCUAGUGAUCCCAUAGGGUUACCCAAAGUUGGCUUCUCAGUAUUGGGCCUAUUACUCAUAGCCGUGGGCACUGGUGGUAUUAAACCAUGCGUCGCAGCCUUUGGAGGAGACCAAUUUCGCCUACCCCAACAGGAGAAGGAUCUAGAGAGGUUUUUUUCAUUAUUUUACUUCUCCAUCAAUGCUGGAAGUUUGAUAUCAACUUUUAUUACUCCCAUUUUAAGAAAUGAUGUACAUUGCUUCGGUAAUGAGAGCUGCUUUCCUUUGGCUUUCGCAGUGCCUGGAAUUCUAAUGAUAAUUUCUGUAGUCAUCUUCGGCUUAGGACGGCCAACGUAUAAAAUCAAAAAACCAGAGGGAAACGUUAUAGUACAGGUUACAAAAUGUAUUGUGUGUGGAAUAAAGAAUAAGUUCAAGUCCAAAGAUAAAAAGGAACAUUGGCUUGAUUAUGCAGAAGAAAAAUACGGAGAAAAACUAGUAAACGAGGUUAAGGCAACACUCCAUGUUUUGGUUCUCUUUCUUCCGCUGCCGAUUUUCUGGGCUCUCUAUGACCAGCAAGGAUCAGGAUGGACUUUGAUGGCAGUGAGAAUGGAUGGAAACAUUGGAUUCUACACAAUUUUGCCAGAUCAGAUGCAAGUCGUCAAUCCAUUGUUGAUUUUGGCUUUUAUUCCACUGUUUACCUACUACGUAUAUCCACUUCUAGGAAAAUGCAACUUACUGAAGACUUCUCUGCAGCGAAUGGCUUGUGGAGGACUUUUAGCAGCUGUCGCUUUUGCCGUUUCUGCAUUUGUCACCAUGGCUAUUGAAAAAAAUGAUCCAGUGUUGCCAUCAGCUGGUAACUUACAAUUAAGGGUGUAUAAUCCGUCAAACUGUCAGAUGUCUUUAAGCACCGAUGUAACAGAAAUAAAGUCAUUUUCCUUGGAUCCAAUAUCUUCAUAUGUGAUGACGGAUAUUGACUGGAGUGGAAAUAAAUCUGUAACGUUUACAUUUGAAUCUAAUAGUAAAGAAUGCCCAGGUGGUCAAGAAACGUUUGAUCUAUUAGAAAAGAAUGCCUAUGGUGUUUUUAUCCAAUCAAAUGGGACGAUCCGCUUUUAUAAAGAUGACGUUGCUAAGAGUAAAACUGGUUAUCCUUUAGUGAGAACGCUACCUUAUACUGACACAGAUGUUAAGUAUACCUUGAAGGGGAAAUCAAUUAAUAUCAACUCAGGAAACACUUCUGCAAAAGAAUUUUCCAGUCCUGGUCAUUGGUCAAUAAAUGUAGGAAAGAAACAAUUUAACAAAACUGUAAACUUGGAACUUGGUGGAACAUAUGCCGUAAUGCUUAAUAAAAACCAAAUGGAAAUGGCUUAUACGAUAGUGACAAAACCUAAUUCAGUCCAUAUAGCUUGGUUACUUCCUCAAUAUUUUAUUAUAACUGCUGCAGAGAUUAUGUUUUCCAUCACUGGAUUAGAGUUUUCGUACUCUCAAGCCCCGGCAUCAAUGAAGUCUUUACUGCAAGCUUGCUUUUUAUUGACCACUGCAUUUGGAAACUUAAUUAUUGUUAUUAUAGAAUCCAUGGAAAUUUUUGAGAAGAAGAGUAACGACUUUUUCCUAUAUUGUGGACUGAUGGUGGCCGAUAUGUUGAUCUUUUCGUUCAUGGCAAUGAGGUACAAGUAUAUCAAAAAAGAAGAAUCACCUCCAAUAUCAGAAAUCGAGCCUAUAGCAACUAAGGAAAAUCAAAACGGGGGUAUCGACAAUCCAUCCUUCGUAAAAAGUUCCAAUAAUGUUAAUGCUUAAGAAAAACAACUCGAAUUUUCAAUUGAGAAAAUUUAAUUUGUUUGGGGGCCACAUUAACAACAAGUGUACUGAUCUUUUAAUAAUCAAGAAAUCAAGAUUUAGAUAACAUACCGUUAACAUAAAAUUGGAGUGAUCUUGUACAAGAUAACAGAUUAUCUAGCUUACCCUCUUUAUAGUACCUAUCCCACUUAAUUUUUCUUGUAGUUAUUUAUUUUAUUUAUUAGUUAAAAGCAUUUGACUAUAAAAUAUAGAACACCUUAGUACAUAUUGUAUAAAUAUCAGUUUACACUACCCCCAGUAUUGAAAGAAAUAGAGAAAUGUAAAUAUGUUGACUGACUUUAUUUAUUUAUUGACGUUAAUGCAACUAAAUGACUAUCUUUAAAAAAUCCAAAAAUGUUUAUUUCUUUUUAAGAUGUGUAAUUUUGGUAUACUGUUGGUACCUACUUUAUUUCUUAAAAGACCUUAAAAGACUGUAUAUAGGUUCCAAUUGGAGAUUUUCUAUAUUUAUAUAAUAUUCCAGAUUGAAAACAUUUGUAAAUUCUGAACAAUAGCAUUAUGUGCAUUAAAGAAAGUGUACCUAUAUAAAAAAUUAUAGAAUUUAAGAAAAUUUUGUUAAAAUAUAUAUAAAAAUAGAUUUAUAAAUACUUUAUAACAUGAAAUUCUUUUGGAUAAAGUUCUUUUCAGUAGCAUUUUUCAGUGCGUCACAAAUGAUAGAAAAAAAGGUAAGUCCGUGAUAAUACACAUUCAUAACAUUUAUUCUAACACGACAUUUUAGUUACAUCUGACAGUUGUCACAUUUUAAUGCAAUUUGGCAUAAAAACAAAUCAAUUUUGUUUAUUGCAUUUAUAAAAUGGUGUUUUCUUUGAUUUGUAUAGUCUUAUAAAUUGUACAUUAUAUUCGUAGAUAAUAAUAUAAUAUUCGUAAAUACCUUUUUUAGAUUAUAGCGCCAUCUAUCGACAACUAGAAUAAAUGUUAUAAAUGUCUCUAAUAACAGACGUGCCUUUUUUUCUGUCACAUACAAUUUAAUGCGUUAGAAAGAAAUCGAAAAACUGCGUGACGCACUGAAAGAUGCUCAUGAGAAAAAGAUUAAAACAAUAUUUUAUCAAACAAUUUUGGAAAUUUUUAAAGAUAAGUUGAAAGUAUUACCGAAGUAAAAGUAAGUUUUUAAGGAACUCUAACAAAAAUAUUUUUUUAUAAAACAGUUAAAAUACCACAAUUUGUUUUGUAUAUAUUAUAUAUACAUAAACAGUAAGCGCCACGCUACUCGACACAUGGGUAGGUACCUAAUUGCUAUGCUUAUGGGCUAACCCGGUCUGUUCUUAGAUGUGACUUUCAUCUCUAUCAUGUUACUACUGUCAAAGAACUAUUCAAAAUAAUAAUUGUUUUUCCAUACAAAAAAAUACAUUAGUUAAUAUUAUUGUUACUCUGCUUUAAAAUAACUUUUUAAACACCAAGAAUAUUACAAUGCUUCAAAACUUUUACCACUUCAAAUACACGUCAAACUUUACCACUUCAAAUACCAUGUCAAAUACAGCUGAUCUAUUAAAUGUCAACUUUCCAUGUUAGUAUUCAGUUUCUAUACAUUUUCUGACAUUCUAAACGUAACUAGACAUAAAAAUAAAAUUGCAACAAGUGAAGGAUCCGGGACUGUAAUAGCUCAAUGUUCCUAUGUGUCUAGUAGGGCGGCUGUUACUGUAUACAGAUACAUUUAUAAAUACUGUAAUAACAAAUAUAUUUUUACAUUGUGUACAUAUAUUGUUGUAAAUAUAUUUUAUUAUAUUA